AUAGGAGUGUGGACUCUCUGUACAUAAACACGCUGCUAGAUAUAAUAAAGAAACGAAAAAGAGAGGAAAGGUCUUCUCGGCAAAUGCACAGUGCGCAUUACGCACCAAUCUGUUAGUCUGUCAGUUGCUAUCGUGCGCGUUUCUGUCAAAACCAUUGGAGAAGAAGAGAGUUUAGAGUUAGAGAGAGAAAGAUAGAGUAGGGUAAGGAGCAUGGGGGAUCUGUAUGUAUGGCUUAUAUCCUUCUUCUUCCUUAUAGCCCUACUUGUCAUCAUCGUUUUCCAGCUUAUGUGCUUGGCAGAUCUAGAGUUUGAUUAUAUCAACCCUUAUGACUCCUCAUCUCGGAUAAACAAAGUGAUUUUGCCAGAGUAUAUAACCGAAGGGGUUUUAUGUUUAUUUUUUCUCCUAACAGGGCAUUGGUGUAUGUCGCUACUGUGUGUUCCUUACCUUUACUACAAUGUGAGGCUUUAUACACGAAGAAAGCAUCUGGUAGAUGUGACUGAGAUAUUCAACUUGCUUCAUUGGGAAAAGAAGCAACGACUUUUCAAACUCUUCUAUCUCAUUGUUCUUCUCUUCCUUGCAAUCUUUUGGAUGAUCUUGACUGCAUUGGAAGACCACGAUUUUGAUUAGUUGGGGUGAUCGCAGGGCUCAUUGUGAUUUCAUAUGGAUCACCGGUCCAUAAACUGCUGGCUUGUAUGAAUGGUCAGGAAAGCAAGGGGUCUGCUGUAAUUGAUAUAGUUCACUUUCCAAGAUUGUGCGAUUAUUAGAUUUUCCUGUUGAUUUAUUAGAUUAUAGUUUUGAGGUGCUAUACAUUUCUUGGCCUUUGGCUAAUGGCAAAUGUGUUUUAGGCAUUCUAUUUAUUCCACUGAUCCUUGGUUAUUCUCCUCCA